GAAAACGAGAAAGCCGCCGACUAUGCAUUCGGCUUUUCCGGCCGACGAAAUCUCCGACAUCUCCGACACCUUCUGGGCCUCCUCGCCGUCUCUCCCCAUGAAUCGGAGCGCCUCCGAGUGGGCCUUCGAGCAGUUUCUCGAGGAAGUCGUCUCCCCUCCUCCGCCGCCACCUCCACCGCCGCCCGCCGCCUCCGCCCACUCCUCGACGUCGAAGCGCGAGGAGGUCGAUGAGGAGGUCGUCGAGAUCAAGAAGCCCGAUCGUCUUCAGCAGCAGCAUCUCAAUUGUCCGCCUCCGCCGCCGUCGGAUCCGCCGUCCACGGCGCAGAUUAACUCGGAUCAGUACCGCGAGCUGCUCAAGAGCAAGCUCAAUCUCGCGUGUGCUGCAGUCGCCCUCACUCGGGCUUCGUCUUUGAAGCCUGUGGAUUCUGAUAAUGUAGCGCAGACUCAAUCUGUAGCGCCACAGCCUUCGCAAUUGACCACUGGGCUUCAUAAGAAAGGUGCUGGUUUGCCGCAAAGUGAGGCUGAUACUAGCCCGCUUGGCAUUCCAGCAUUACCUGCUAUUCAGAAGAAAGCUCAAACAACUAGUGGAUCAUCGAAAGAUGACUCGGAUGAUGAUGACCUGGAAGGGGACAUUGAAAUUACUGAGAAUAUGGAUCCUGCUGAUGUGAAGCGCGCAAGGAGGAUGCUGUCGAAUCGAGAGUCAGCUAGACGCUCUAGAAGAAGAAAACAAGCACAAAUGACUGAUCUUGAGACCCAGGCUGGCCAACUAAGAGUUGAAAACUCUGCACUCUUAAAGCAACUCACUGACGUGAAUCACAAAUAUGAUAAUUCAGUUGUUGACAGACGAAUAUUAGAAGCCAAUAUUGAGACAUUAAGAGCAAAGGUGAAAAUGGCAGAAGAAUCGGUUAAGAGGAAGACAGGGAUCAACCCACUUCUUCUAGCCAUGUCUAAUGUAGUACCUAGAGCAAGCAUGGCAUCAAUAGGCAAUCCAAUGGAUGCAUCCGCCAAUUCUUCUGUGCCGAUGCAACCAACCUCCAAUCAUCUCUUUCAUCCAGUGGCUCCUAAUAUCAACACUCCACCACAUCAUCAGAGAUUAGAUACCACCUUCCCUGGAAACCACUCAAUUCCUCUGGUUGGAAACCAACAGAGGGGCAGCAACACAACUGAAGUACCUUCAGUUCAGCACACAGCUAGCAUAGAUCACAUGCACCAGCAGCAACUCCUGCCAGGAGCAAAUCCGUGUGAAGCAUUGCCGGGUUGGAACCCUCAGAUUCCCCAUCAAGUACCCAAGAAUAAGUAGAACUGAAUGUAGUAUUGUAGUGCCUUUUUUAUCCCUCCUGAUUUUACUGCUGGGGAUAAAAAGCUUGAUUGGAUGUUUAAAACAUGGGAGUACUUUAUUAAUGAAUUUGAAUUUCU